AAAAACCAAGAUCCAAAUCCAGUUCUCCUUCGUCUAAGAUCGGUUCCACGAAACAGAUAUAUAUAAGUGUGCCUCAUCCUGGUUACAUUUGAUCAACCAAAACAUUCCUAGAGUUCAUCAAAAGACGCUGAAACCAAGUGAGAAAAAUAAAGCAGAGAGAAAAAUGGCAGGAGGAGGCUUUGUUUCAGAUAACGGUGGGAGGAACUAUGAAGGUGGUGUGACGGGUUUCGUCAUCAUCACCUGUGUUGUUGCUGCCAUGGGAGGUCUCCUCUUUGGCUACGACCUCGGAAUCUCAGGAGGAGUGACAUCAAUGGAAGAGUUUCUGACGAAGUUCUUCCCCGAGGUGGAGAGACAGAUGCACAAAUCGAUCCACGAGACUGCGUACUGCAAAUUCGACAACCAGCUCCUGCAGUUGUUCACAUCCUCCCUUUACCUCGCUGCUCUCGCCGCUUCGUUCUUUGCGGCCAUGAUCACCAGAUCAAAGGGUCGUAAGGUCUCCAUGUUCAUUGGAGGCCUCGCCUUUCUCGCUGGUGCACUCAUCAACGCUUUCGCCGUGAACGUCGCAAUGCUCAUCAUCGGCAGAUUGCUCCUCGGUGUCGGCGUCGGAUUCGCCAACCAGUCUACUCCGGUUUAUCUCUCGGAAAUGGCUCCAGCAAAGAUUAGAGGAGCGCUCAACAUGGGUUUUCAGAUGGCUAUAACAAUUGGAAUCCUCGUGGCGAACCUCAUCAACUACGGAACGUCGAAGAUGGCUCAGCACGGGUGGAGGGUUUCGCUCGGUCUGGCCGCGGUUCCGGCCAUUGUCAUGGUCAUCGGUUCUUUCUUCUUGCCCGACACUCCAAACUCGAUGCUCGAGAGAGGCAAGUACGAGGAAGCGAGAGAGAUGUUGCAGAAAGUCCGAGGUACCACAAACGUAGAUGAGGAGUUCCAAGAUCUCUGCGAUGCGGUGGAGGCUGCUAAGAAGGUGGAGCAUCCAUGGAAGAACAUCAUGCAGAGGAGAUACAGACCUCAGGCUGUGUUCUGCUUCUUGAUCCCGUUCUUCCAACAGAUCACCGGGAUCAACGUCAUCAUGUUCUACGCUCCCGUCCUUUUCAAGACUCUCGGGUUCAAAGACGAUGCUUCUCUCAUGUCGGCCGUUAUCACGGGCAUCGUUAACAUGCUCUCUACCCUCGUUUCCAUCGGUGUGGCUGACAGAUUCGGAAGACGGGUUCUCUUCCUCGAAGGUGGCAUCCAAAUGAUAACCUGUCAGUUUCUGGUCGGUUCCUUCAUUGGAUGGAAAUUCGGAUUCCAAGGAGCCGGAACAUUGACACCAGUAACCGCAGACUUCAUUCUAGCGUUCAUAUGCAUCUACGUGGCGGGUUUCGCGUGGUCAUGGGGACCGUUGGGAUGGCUCGUGCCGAGCGAGAUCUGCCCGUUGGAGAUCCGACCAGCAGGACAAGCCAUGAACGUGUCGGUCAACAUGUUCUUCACCUUCGUCAUCGGCCAAUUCUUCCUGACGCUGCUCUGCCACAUGAAGUUCUUCCUCUUCUACUUCUUUGGAAUCAUGGUUAUCAUCAUGACCAUCUUCAUAUACGUGUUCUUGCCUGAGACGAAGGGCGUCCCGAUCGAAGAGAUGGGCAAAGUGUGGAGACAACAUUGGUACUGGUCAAGGUUUGUCCCCGACGAUGCUGUCAUUGGAGCUGGGCAUGGAGACGACAACAUUAAAAAUGCUUAAAAGCAUUAAGGUAUUGGGUUCUUUUUUUAGGGAUUCAUAGGGUUUUAGCCAUUUGGUUUUUGGUAUGAUUUCGGGUAAUAAGACGAGCAACAAAUGUAAGGGUCAGGGUCCGGACCAAAGCUCGGAAACUGUCGGCAACAUUAUUACUCUGUCACCAUUCGGCGUUUUUUUUUAGAUGAUUCAUCCAAUAAAUCCAAUU